UGGAUAUUUCAUUGAUACACUUUCUUAGUCGAGAUUUCCCGGGAAAACCAAAGAAACGAUAAUUAGUAUCGUUAUGCUUCUGAGAUUCCGAUAGAUAGAUGAAGAAGCUUUUCGUCGGAAGCAAUCUUCUCAGAAGCUCUAAUUUCUUCAAGAUCUCAGUCUUCGUAUUGAUCUCCGUCGCUUGCUUCUUCCUCGGUAAGCACUGGUCAGACGAUGGCUUCCGCCGCCUCGUUUUCUUCUCCUCCGAGCCUUCUCGAUCCCCCAUCGUCGCUCUCUCGCCUGAUCUCGGAAAGACCUACAACAUCUCCGACUUGAUCCACAAGAGUCACCCGAUCCCGCCGGUAUUGCCUCCGCCCCUUACACCACCGCCUCCGCCGAGCACUGUCGAUCUUCAGGUGUUUGGGAUCGUCGAUGAGAACGGAACAAUGUCCGAUGAGUUCCAGAUUGGGGAUUACGACGCCGAGUCGUUGGGGAAUCAAACGGAAUCGGAGAGUGGCGACGGUGAAGCUGAGCUUACCACUGCCAGAGUUACUGUGGGGCGAAUCGAGGUUUGUCCGGAGGUUAUGACGGAUUACAUUCCUUGUUUGGAUAACGUAGAAGCCAUCAAAAGGCUCGAAUCGACGGCGCGCGGAGAGCGGUUCGAGCGGCAUUGCCCCAAGGAAGGAACCGGAUUGAACUGCACCGUUCCGGUUCCCAACGGUUACCGUCCUCCGAUCCCGUGGCCUAAAAGCCGCGCCGAGGUGUGGUUUAACAAUGUUCCACAUACUCGGCUUGUUGAAGACAAAGGUGGCCAAAACUGGAUUCUCAAGGAGAAUGACAAGUUCAAGUUUCCUGGUGGUGGUACUCAGUUUAUACACGGGGCUGAUCAGUACUUGGAUCAGAUCUCUCAGAUGGUUCCUGAUGUCAGUUUUGGCAACCAUACACGAGUUGUUCUUGACAUUGGCUGCGGCGUGGCGAGUUUUGGUGCUUAUUUGAUGUCACGAGAUGUGUUGACUUUGUCUAUAGCUCCGAAAGAUGUUCAUGAGAACCAGAUACAGUUUGCUCUUGAGCGUGGUGUUCCUGCAAUGGUGGCGGCAUUUACGACGCGGCGUUUGUUGUACCCAAGCCAAGCUUUUGAUUUGGUUCAUUGUUCAAGGUGUCGAAUCAACUGGACUCGUGAUGAUGGAAUCUUGCUCCUUGAAGUCAAUAGGAUGCUUCGUGCCGGAGGAUAUUUUGUUUGGGCAGCGCAACCUGUAUAUAAGCAUGAGAAAGCCUUGGAAGAACAGUGGGAAGAGAUGCUAAACCUUACCACUAGGCUUUGCUGGGUUCUUGUGAAGAAGGAAGGAUAUAUAGCUAUAUGGCAGAAGCCCACAAAUAACACUUGUUAUCUAAGUCGUGAUGCUGGAAUCAUCCCUCCUUUGUGCAAUCCUGAGGAUGACCCAGACAGUGUUUGGUACGUAGAUCUAAAGGCAUGCAUCACUAGGAUCGAAGAUAAUGGAUACGGAGCAAAUCUUGCUCCUUGGCCAUCCCGUUUACAAACCCCACCGGAUAGGCUACAGACGAUACAAAUCGAUUCUUACAUAGCCCGAAAAGAGCUCUUCGUAGCUGAAUAUAAAUACUGGAAAGAAAUAAUAUCAAACUAUGUAAAUGCCUUACAUUGGAAGCAGAUAGGACUCAGAAAUGUCAUGGACAUGAGAGCUGGCUAUGGCGGAUUUGCGGCUGCUUUAGCCGAGCUAAAGGUUGAUUGCUGGGUUCUCAAUGUUGUUCCGGUCAGUGGGGCAAAUACACUGCCCGUUAUAUAUGACCGUGGACUACUAGGAGUAAUGCACGAUUGGUGUGAACCGUUCGAUACUUACCCAAGAACCUAUGAUUUGCUGCACGCCGCGGGUCUAUUUUCCAUCGAAAGGAAAAGGUGCAACAUGACAACGAUCAUGCUAGAGAUGGACCGGAUUUUGAGACCUGGAGGGCGUGUAUACAUAAGGGACACUAUCAACGUGAUGAGUGAGCUUCAGGAGAUUGGAAACGCAAUGAGAUGGCACACGACUUUACGUGAAACUGCUGAAGGGCCUCACGCAAGUUACAGGGUCCUCUUAUGCGAAAAGAAGUUUGAAAAGAAGGUCGAGUCGUCCGUCGAUAAGCAUCAUACCAAGAAGAAGAAGAGGAAGAGUAAAGGAAAAAGACCUUGACAGGCAUUAUCAUAGUACAAAAUACAAGGGCUAAUAGUUGGGGGCCUCUAAAACAAGCUCUGAACUGUUUGUAAGGUUUAGGCACUAAACAAAAAGUUGCGAGAAUGUUACUACUACAGAUUCUUGCUUUAUUAGUAAAGUUCCGAUGCGA